CUACUCUACAGACCAGCAGACAGACAGAUGACCUCUCAAGAAGGCUGAAAUCCCCGAACCCAACCGAGUCAUUCUUCCGGAACCACUGCUUGCUCACUCGGAUUCCUCUGGCUCUACAGCCCAAGUUUUCUUUCGGUUUUGUCAGAUAAGUCUCAGCUGACCCUACUGCUGGCCGGAGUCUGGAGUCCGGUGAAGGAGCUCCGCCUUCCGGGGCAGGGGUGUGUGUCCCCCCGACUGGGAGCUGGGAGCGGCGCGGGCUCCCCGGUACUGACCACACGGUCGGUUCGGGACAGCGCGCGCGCAGGGGACAGAAGGUGCCACCACCUCGCGCCCCCUCCCCUCCUGAGCUCGGCACGGAUCACUGCCUCGCAAAACAUCAGUCAGGGUGAAGAAGAGAAAGCAUUAGAGAAUCGGCUGGAUGACCUCGUCCUAACAAGCUCCGCAGAGGCCGGAGAUGAGGCGGGGCUUUGGACUCUUGCUCCCUGUGCUCUUCCAGUUGCUGGCGCUUCUGACCCUGCCAGGCGAAGGUAACCAGGGCAGUGUCGCUGGAAGUUGUUCCUGUGAUCGUACAAUUUCUUCUGGCACCCAGAUACCACCUGGAAUUUUGAAUCAUAUCCGAAAAAAUCUGAAGGCAUUCCACCGCUGUCCAUUCUUUAUCAGGUUCCAGUUGCAGUCCAAGAGCGUGUGUGGGGGAAGCCGAGACCAGUGGGUCCAUGAACUAGUGACCUGCUUUGAGAGCAAAGAGUGUGGAACCGGUCAUAAGAAGAGUUUCCACCACCAAAAACUUUUGCCUCAAGGCAGUACCCAGAUCCCCGAGGCCACAGAGGAGAUACCUCCAGACACAAGCACCCCUGCCCAGAUUCAGAGCACCCAGAAGUCCACUCUUCCAUCUGGAACACUGUCCUUGAACAAAGAGCUCACCCAGCACUUGGAGACGACCAUUCUCCCUUUGGGCUUUAGUCUGGAAGCUAGGCCUGAGGCUGAGGCAAAUGAGAAACAGCAAAAAGAACCAGGAGCUGGAGCUGGCACAGCAGCCUUGGUACCCGUGCUGUCCCUCCUGGGCAUUGUCUUCCUCCUCACAGCAGCCAUGGUCUAUGUGCUGUGCAAAAGGAGAGUGACUCGGCAGAGCUCUGCAGGCUUGCUCCUCUAUUACACACCUGUUGAACCAAGACCCAGAUGCUAGCAUCUGCCGCAAGCAUGGAAGCUCGUGAGAGACGACCUGGGAGAGCUGGCAGACAGGGUGGCAUCCAUCAGUGAACUGAACCUGAGCUCAUUCUUCUGCAUGCUGUUUUGAGACAAAGUACCCAUAUAUAAUCUAGGACAUCUUUGAACUACUGAUCCUUAGCCUCUGCCUCUUAGAUCCUGGGAUUCAUGACACAUGCUACCACACCUGCCCCCAUUCACUGUCAUAAAUAAGGUAUGAGUUUCCAGGUUUUGUUUUGUUUAGCCAGGAUCUUAUUGAGUCCAAGGCAGCUUCAAAUUCCCUAUGUAUAUGACUACAUAUCUCUAGGUCUCCUGCCUCUGCUCUGUGCUGGGAUUACACACCCACUAAACACGUUUUUUUAGCGGUUUGUUUUAUUUUGGUUUUUUAGAUUUGUUUUUUUUCCUGAGACAGGGUUUCUCUGUAUAGCCCUGGCUAUCCUGGAACUCACUCUGUAGACCAGGCUGGCCUCAAACUCAGAAAUCCACCUGCCACUGCCUCCCAGAGUGCCGGGAUUACAGGCGUGCGCCACCACCGCCCGGCUUGUUUUGUUUCACUAUUCAGCCCUGACAGUCCUAGAACUCAGAAAGAUCUGCCUGCCUCCACAGUGUUGGGAUUAAAGGGCUGGCCUUGGGAAACACUCUUUACAACUAAUAAAACAGGAAUAGCUCCACUGCUCUUAGCCUUUCUCUGCCUCUGAUAACAUGUAACACUCUCAAGUGUGUGGUCCCAAAGUGCAGCCCUGAGGUAGAGUGUCUGCCUAGCAUGUGUGAAGGUCUAGGUUCACCGGGCCGACUACCAGAUUAAUUUUAAAAAGUGUCUGCUUUCUACAUUGUAUAACAAUAAACUGGGCAAAUUCUA